UUUUUUUUUUUUGGGGUCAAAAAAAAAAGGAGAGAUUGGCCAACUGCCACAUGGACCCACCUGCCUCUCUAACCCACAUGCCCUCAACUUCCCCUCCAUCCUUUGCCUCACCUAUUAUAAGUUCAUGGGAAGCCAAAGAACCAUGAAGAAAUAGAGCAUUCGACUACUCUUCUUCAAUUGAGGCCAGUAGCACUGGUGUAGCUUUUUUAUCUUUCUAGUAUUAGUGCUGCAUGGCCAGGGAGGUAGAAGAUGAUGUGUUCUUUGCCGACUUAAGCAAGCAGAUAGCUCGGCUGGUUAUGGACGACGAUGAAGAAGAAUUCCCCAUAAGGUGUCCCUCGCUUCCGGUCCAGGGAUUCCCUUACAUGCCCCAAAGGAUCAUGCCACCACCUUAUGGUUAUGGUUUCUCCUACAGAAGGGAGAGCAAGGGCACCGGAGUCUUCAUUCCCCGGUCGACACCCCCUAGAAGGAAGAACAAGUCAGGGAGAUCAAUUCCAGCUAACACCAACUCUCACAAGCAUCCUGACAGACCUGGAGUUGCAGUUUCUAAUGUCACCACCAACAACCACAUAUACUCCAGUUAUUACAUCAACUCUGCUGUGCUAAAGACUCAUAAGUAGGGCCAUGGAGAGAUCCUUGGCUCAUACUAACAUUAAUUUGGUCUCUGUUUGUUGACAAUGUCAAGGACUUCUAUGGUUAUUAUGUAAAUGGAAUAAGAAACCUCUUCCAUCUGCCUAAGUAAUUGUGAAGAGGGCUUAAAAUAAGCUUCCAUCCUCUUCUAUAAAAUGUACAGUUCACUGAUGAAGGGAAGUGUAACUGCAUGGGAGUUGGACAAGUGUUCAAUGAUGUAUUAUUAUUCAUAGGUCAUUGAAUGUAUUCACUCUCUUCUAUAUAGGGAUCUCUUGAUGAUUUAAGAAAUUUGAUUGAUUUA